CAUGCCCUGCGGAAGUUGAAUUGUUGCAGUCGGAGGGUGAAAAAGCGGCGGAGAAACAAAAACCCGCAGAGAGAGAAACCCGGAGAGUGGGAGAGCGGGGCCGAGCACAGCGCGGCGGACACGCGGACAGCAGCCGGGGAGCGGGGGCAGAGCACAGCGCGGGGCCGGGCAGGGUCCGCGGCGCUUCAGCCUUAAGUGAAGCACCAGCGGGCGGCGGGGAUGGAGACUUCAGCGGCCAAAGGCAGAGCGCAGGGGCGCCUGCUGGCGGCCACCAGCCUGGACGCGAAAGACGAGCUGGAGGAGCGGUUGGAAAGAUGUGUAGCAAUCACCACAUCCAUUACCAACGGACUGUCCGAAAGAGAAGCCAAUGAUGCCCUCACUGCCCAUGUAUGUAAGGGUCCUCAACAGCAUGAGGAAGUGUGCCUUGGCCUGUUCACACUGCUGCUCACAGAGCCUCCACAAGCACAGCGAUGCUACAGAGACCUGACUCUAGUCAACAGAGAUGGCAUGAAUGUGGUUCUGGUCAAGAUCAACCAGAUACUCAUGGAGAAGUUCCUCAAACUCCAGGACGUGUGUCGCACACAGUUGGUGUGGUUGGUGAGAGAGCUGGUAAAAAGUGGUGUUAUUGGAGCAGAUGGAGUCCUCAUGACCCUCAUGAAGCAGAUUGCUGGUGGAGACAUUACCAACAAAAACCUGUGGCUGGCUGAAAAUGUGUUGGACAUUUUAGUUGAACAAAGGGAGUGGGUCCUAAAGAGCGGUAUGUUGGUGGCUAUGUCUGUGUACACGUACCUGCGGCUCAUAGUGGAUCAUGGAACCCAGAGCCUUUUAGCACUCCGCCAGAGAGAGGUGGACUUCUGCAUCGGCCUCCUGAGAGAGAGGUUUAUGGAGUGUUUUAUCAUCGGAAGAGAUCUGGUCAGGCUGUUACAAAAUGUUGCACGUAUUCCUGAGAUGGAACUACUGUGGAGAGACCUGCUGCACAAUCCCCAGACCCUCAGCCCACAAUUCACAGGUUUGUUGCAGCUCCUCACCUCUCGUACAUCCCGUAAAUUCCUGGCCUGCCGCCUUACCCCUGAUAUGGAGACCAAGCUACUGUUCAUGACCUCAAGGGUUCGAUUUGGGCAGCAAAAACGCUAUCAAGACUGGUUCCAGAGGCAGUAUCUGUCCACAGCUGAGAGCCAGUCUUUGCGCUGUGAUCUCAUACGCUACAUUUGUGGUGUCGUCCACCCUUCCAAUGAGGUCCUGAGCUCAGAUAUCCUGCCCCGCUGGGCCAUCAUUGGUUGGCUGCUCACCACCUGCACGUCUAAUGUUGCUGCAUCAAAUGCCAAACUGGCCCUGUUCUAUGACUGGCUCUUCUUCAAUCCAGAGAAGGACAGCAUCAUGAAUAUUGAACCAGCCAUUCUGGUGAUGCACCACUCCAUGAAGCCCCAUCCAGCUAUUACUGCCACACUGUUGGAUUUCAUGUGUCGAAUAAUCCCUCACUUUUUUCCACCGCUGGAGGGUCAAGUGCGCCAGGGUGUCUUUAACUCUCUGAAUUUCAUCAUGGAGAAAAGGGUCCUGGCACACUUGGCUCCACUGUUUGAUAACCCUAAGCUGGACCGUGAGCUUCGCUCCAUGCUAAGAGAACGUUUCCCAGAGUUCUGCAGUUCACCCUCGCCACCCACAGAAGUGAAAAUGGAAGAGUCCGUUCCCUUAGAGAUGGACAAUCACAUACUGGAUAAAGAGGACAAUUGCUAUGACAACACGGACGCUACCUUUAGUGAUGAUGAGGAGGAGGUGAAUAAUAAAGGUAAAAAACGUGAGUUCAGGUUCCAGCAGAUAAAGGAGACAUAUAUAGACGAGCCAGCUGACAUCACGCCGUAUGUGGACCAACUAGAUGAGACGCUGAAGGAGAAAGUGUUACAGUUACAGAAGGGCAGUGAUACAGAAACACAAUGCGAGGUCAUGCAGGAAAUAGUGGACCUUAUUUUAGAGGAGGACUUUGAAUCAGAGCAGAUGUCUGCAUUGGCCUCCUGUCUGGCUGAGCUGUUCAAAAGCCACUUCAGAGGGGAUGUACUACCUGAGGAAAUCACUGAAGAGUCCCUGGAGGAGUCAGUGUGUAAACCCGUGUGUCUGAUCUUCAGGAACCUGUGUCAGAUGCAGGAAGACAACAGUGGCUUCUCUGUGCUGCUGGACAUGCUUGCUGAGCUGUACCAGAAACAGCCCAAAAUUGGCUAUCACCUUCUGUACUACCUCAAAGCCAGUAAAGCGGCGGUGGGGAAGAUGAGUCUGUAUGAGUCGUUUGCUCAGGCCACAGCACUGGGUGACCUGCAUACCUGCCUCAUGAUGGACAUGAAAGCCUGCCAGGAGGACGAUGUGAGGCUGCUAUGUUACCUCACCCCCUCCAUCUACUCAGAGUUCCCAGAUGAGACCCUGCGGAGUGGGGAACUUCUUAAUAUGAUUGUUGCUGUAAUUGAUUCCACGCAGCUUCAGGAACUGAUGUGUCAUGUUAUGAUGGGGAAUCUGGUAAUGUUCCGCAAAGACUCUGUACUCAACAUUCUCAUUCAGUCACUGGAUUGGGAGACAUUUGAGCAGUAUAGCACAUGGCAGCUGUUCCUAGCCCAUAGCAUCCCACUGGAAACCAUUAUACCCAUUUUACAGCACCUCAAAUACAAAGAGCAUCCAGAAGCCCUCUCCUGCUUGCUGCUGCAACUUCGCAGAGAGAGUCCCACUGAAGAAAUGGUAAAGAUGGUUCUAAGUCGACCGUGUCACCAAGAAGACCAGUUUACCACCAGCAUCCUGCGGCAUUGGGCAGCCAAACAUGAUGACCAGCUGGGGGAGCACAUAAAGGCCCUGCUAAUCAAGAACAACAACAUGCCUCGCAAGCGGCAGAGCUUACGGAGCUCCAGCAGCAAAUUGGCUCAGCUGACACUAGAGCAGAUGCUGGAGCAUUUGGACUGUCUGAGACUCAGUCUGAGCAACACCAAGAAUAACUUCUUUACCCAGACGCCCAUCCUGCAGGCUCUGCAGCAUGUCCAGGCCAGCUGUGACGAAGCCCAUAAGAUGAGACACGGUGUGUCCGUCGCCCUGCUUGGCAGGUUCAGCGAUCUGUUCUCCUUGGCUGAAGAGUAUGAGGACUCCUCAAAGCCUCCAAAAUCCAGACGUAAAGCUCCAGCCACUUCCCCCCGAUCCAGAAAGGGUGCCGCUCCUCCGGCCAAUGAGGAUGACAGCGCCUCAUCUAGCGCCUCGGAAGAAGAAGACUCUAAACCCAAAGCCCCCAAAAGGAAAAGGAAAUGCUCAUCUGCAGUGGGCUCCGACAGUGACUGAGAGGAAACCAGCCAUCUCUGCAAGCCCCACCCACAGCACCCCCACAUUCACGCCAUUCUUCUGUCGUGAUGUCAAUGGAGAAUGAACCACCAGCCAAUCAUCUGCUCCAACCACUCAGGGCAUCUUGCCCUUUCAUAAAAGGAGGGACGCUCUCUCUUUCUGGGACUCGAAUGCCGUUGGCUGGAGCCGGGAGACAAACCCUUUUUUUCCUCUCCGCAGCACAAGUCUCAUUGGCUGAUUUGGGCUUGGGGUAAGGUUGGGUUUGAGGGUCUCUGGGAUGUGCUGCACUUCGGAACUGAGACUGGCAUGGACUGAUAGAACCACAACAAUACAGACAGCCCUGCGGAAAGAAUCGUACCCAGGAGCUACACUUAAUGUUGCUGUACUUAUUGAUGCCCCUUCUACGAUUCAGCACUCUCAUGAUGUGUGUGUGAAUGGAAUAGCAAAAGCCCCCAAAUGUAGAUAAUGAAAGUAAAAUCCCUGCUACAUGAGGUCGAGCAAAGGGAUGAUUUUACAGUAUUGACCGCGGAUGUUGUGUUGGAAAAACAGCAACUUUAAAAGUACUCCAAGUCCACAAAGACGUAUUUUAUUAUUUGAUGAUGAACAGUCAUUCGCUUUGUCUCUUAGAAAUCCCUUUUUGUCCUGAUUGGAUGUGGUGACCCACUGGAGGUGGGACCUGGGAUUUUGCAGGGAGGAAGACACUCCUCAGUGAAUUUUUACCAUGUUUGCACUGCACACAGAUGCAGAAAUUGGACUGUAUAAAUGGAAGACUUCUGACAUGUUGACAGACUUUUUAAGAAAAUUGCUUUCUACUGACCUAUUUUCGUAAAAAAAGAUCAUAACUAUGUUAAAGGAUUAUGAUAUUAAUAAAAAGGCGGGGAAAAUUU